AUGGCGGCCUCGUGGGCGCGGCAGUUUCGCGCCACCCUUCGACGCAACCUACUCAUCAAAUGGCGCGACGGCUCGCAGACCCUUCAGGAGAUCUUCCUGCCGGUGUACAUCAUAGUGCUGCUGAUCAUAGUGAAGGUGUUGCAGCCGGACGCCACGUUCCCCGCGGAGCCCGUGGGCGACGUGGUGGACCCCAUGUGCUACGCCGCUGACGCCCGCACGCGGUGCUACCCCGUGCGCGACAUCGUUGCCGCCACCACUAUUGGAUACAUCCCAGAUAAUCCGCUCGUGCGCAGCGUCAUGGACAGGGCUGUAACUAAUCUCGGCAGGAAUCAGCCCCGCCUGUCCACGCUCGUUCUGGAGGCUUUCGAAUCGAGCCAAGAGCUCUCCGAGUUCCACUACGCACACCCCCAGGCGUUGUUCGCAGCAGUGGAGUUCGAGGGCAUGGCAGCAGACAGUGUUGCCCUGCCUCCAGACACGCGCUUCACCAUUCGCAUCAACGGCAGUCAGGUGCCGGGCACGGCCAGUGAGCGGGCCAGCACGGACGAGUGUCGCCUGGCAGCAGCAGAGUACAUCCCCACCGUCUGCCGCUCCCAGCAGUACCUCUCCUCAGGUUUCCUGUCGAUACAGCUGGCGGUGACGUCAGCGCUGAUGGAGACGGCAUGGAACGGGACGUCGUGUGGCAUGCAGAGCAACCCCAUCACGGUGCACGAGCAGCACAUGCCCAUCCCGGAACUGCACAAGUCGUUCGCCACAACGGAGUUCCAGCUGUUCUGCGCCAUCUACAUGGUGCUCUCGCUCAUCCCCAUGCUGCAGGUGGCCAUCACGCAGAUCGUGCAGGAGAAGGAGAGUCUGCUCAAGGACUGCAUGCUGCUGAUGGGGCUGCGAGAGUCCGUGUACUGGCUGGCGUGGCUGCUCACAUACGCCUUCAUGGCUGCCAUCACCUCUGCCGUCAUUUCGCUGACAGUGAAGCUCACGUCGCUCUUCUCAGCCUCCACCUACACGGCCCUCUUCUGCAUCAUCUUCCCGUACUCCCUCUCCCUCAUCGCCCUCGCCUUCGCCCUCAGCACUCUCUUCACCCAGGUGGGCAAGGCAGCAGCGGCAGCAGCGGGCAGUCUGCUGCUGUGCAGUCUGCUCGUCAUCCCCAUCCAGCUACUCUCCCUCGGAGCAGCCAUCGUGUACCCACUGCUGCUGCUCUCCCCCGUGCCCUUCACCAUCGCCAUCACCACUGUCACCCGCGCUGAGGGCAUGGGGCAGGGCGUGUCCUUGGGCUCCUUCUGGCUUACCCGAGUGGGCGUGAACCCAGGGGAUGACGACAACAUAAUAACCAUCGGUGCCUGCAUCAUCGCCUUUAUUUUUGACACUGCUCUCUACCUCUUCCUCGCGUGGUACCUGGACAACGUGUGGCCGCACCCCCAGCGCGGCCCUAAGAAGCCGGCUGACUUUGUCUUCUCUGCCGCCUACUGGUUCCCUGCGCGCCAUGCCCUGCGCUACUCUCAGCUGGAGGAGGAUGGGGGAGGGGAUGACAUGGAUCAUGAGGGCGAGGAGUGCAGGUUGGACGUGGGCCAAGACUCUGCUGCUCCCUUGCACUCUACCACCACCACCAGCACCACCGCCUCCACCACCGUGCCUCUCACUGCCUCAUCAUCGUCUCACAAUGCUGAGUCGCCUAUAGAGGACGUGCGUGGGUUCCGCCCGGCGCUGCUCAUCAACCAUCUCGCCAAGUCCUUCCCUGCACGCGGCCUCCUCUCCUCCUCCGCCUCCUUCGCCUCCUCCUUCUUCUCCCGCCGCACGCGCAGGCCCUCUGCCCCCGUCCCUGGUGCUGCUGACAGCGCUGGUGCGGCUGAAGGUGCCGCUGGUGCUGCUGGUGGUGGGCGUGGGGACGAGCGGAGGGUGUAUGCUCUCCAGGGCCUCUCUCUCACUCUCUACGAGGGGCAGUCCUUCGCAUUCCUGGGGCACAGCGGGUCGGGCAAGUCCACAGUGCUGAGCACGCUGGCAGGGCUGCAGAAGCCCACCGAGGGAGAGGCGUUUCUCUACGGGCUCAGCCUCACCAAGGGCGACUCGUACAUUCACUCCCUAGUGGGGCACUGUCCUCAGAGGAACAUCCAUGUGGCGGUGCUCACAGUCAAGGAGCAGCUGACCUUCUUUGCGGAGAUAAAGGGCGACCUAGACCGAUUGAGCGCUGCAGAAACCGAAGAAGGCGCAGGGGAGGAGGGGGAAGGCGGGGAGGCGGACCAGCAAGGGGGGGGAAGGGGCGGGUGGAGGCUGGGGGCAUGGCGGCUGGGGAGGGAGAAGGUGCGGCAAGCAGUGGGCGACCUGAUGUUUGAGAUGGGGCUGCAGGGGUGGGCCGACAGGCCUGCCUUUGAGCUCUCGCCCUCGCAGCAGCGCAAGCUCAGCCUUAGCAUUGCGCUCAUUGGAGAGCCUCAGGUGUUGCUGUUGGAUGAGCCGACCAAGGGCAUGGACCCCUCCUCCAAGAAACAGGUGUGGGAUCUGCUGCAGAGGCGCAAGGCGGGGAGGGUGGUGGUGUUCACGACGCACAGCAUGGAGGAGGCAGACCUAGCAGCGGACCGUAAGGCCAUCCUCUCCCAUGGCCGCCUCAAGUGCUGUGGCUCCUCGCUCUUCCUGCGCAACCGCUUCGGCCUGUCAUACCUGCUGCACAUCACCAAGGGAGCGGUGUUCAAGGGUUCGAAGGUGGUGCAGCUGGUGCAGUCGCACGUGCCAGAUGCGGUGCUGGUGCCCUCUGCAGGCCUGCACCAGAUAGACUAUGUCUCCUACUCGCUGCCCUUCCAUGCCGCCUCGCACAUCCCCGCGCUCCUGCUCGACCUCUCCACCCAAGCGGCGGAGCUAGGGGUGGAGGAUGCAGCAAUGGAAGCCACAACCCUAGAGGAGGUGUUCCUCAAGUUCCAAGACGAGGACGAAGAAGCAGCAGGGGCCAUCCUCGCCCCACCCACAGCUGAUGGCUCUGCUCUAGAGCUCGUGCUGGGCAUGGGCGGCGCCUCAGGCGCUUUGGCAGAGGAGGAAGAGGGGCAGUCUCUGUUGGAUUCUCCUGGGAGCAGCAGCGGCGUGCGUUCAGACAGUGCUGCUGCUGGUGGCAGCCGCGGCGGCGCUGCUGGUGGUGGGGGUUUGUCGGGAGCAGCACGGGGCGGGAGAGGGGGGGGUGGUGGGGGGAAUGGGGGGGAUGGCAGUGAGGGGAGCACGGUGGGGAGUGCGGUGGGGGGCGCGGCGGGGUUGGUGAGUGAGGGGGCGGCACGGGACAAACCCCUGGCGGUGUUUCGGAGGCAGGUGAAGGGUGUGUGCUUCCUCCGGGCAGCUAGCUACUGGCGCAACACAGGCAACACUCUCAGCACCUUCGGCCUGCCUGUGAUCUUUGCUCUAGCAGCGCUGCUCAUCCAACUUUUUGGCUCGUCAGUGACCUCCCCGUCCCUCCUCCUAGCAGCCCCGCAGCUAGCCCGUGACAGCGCAUACCCGCUCAUCUACAGCGCCACCUCCCCCUCCUCCGCCAUCGCGGCCAAGCAACUGCUAGACGAGCUGGGGGACAACCACGCGCAGCUGGGGUCGGAGCAGGCCGUGCUAGAGCGGUUCCAGACGGACGUGGCGAAUGCGGAGCGCAACGGGGUGGGGAGCAAGGCUGUGGGCGUGCUGUUUCAAGGCGUUGACAUGGGACAGUGCGGGUACAGCUUCACGUUGCUGUACCAGCCGUGGCGCAUCCACCAGGUGCCAGCAGUAAUCGCAACGCUCAACAACGCGUUCCUCAAGCUAGUUGCAGCACAGCACGACAUCCAGACCUCCCCACAGAGCAUCACAGUGGAGAGCUACCCGCUGCACUUCACCUCGCCCGACUUUGUCUUCGCGUAUAUCGUCGCUGCUGUUGUGGCCAUUGGGCUGCUCAUGGUGCCGCCCAUCCUCUCUGCUCAGAUGGUAGCGGAGAUGGAGUAUGGGCUGCGGACAAUGCUCAAGGUGUGUGGGCUGCGCGGCUUUGCGCUGUGGCUGGGCACGGCAGCAGUGGACUGCCUCGCCAUGUGGCUCUGCGCACUGCUCAUCACCGGCAUUGGCCUUGCCUUCGGGUCCUCCCCCUUCACUGUGCCCGCCCUGCCAGCCCUCUUCGUGGUAUUUGCCAUCACCAUCCCGGCGCUCGUGCUCCUCGCCUACCUCCUCUCCUUCUCCUUCGAUUCCGCACAGCUCGCAGCCGCCACGCUCUCGCUCCUCUUCCUCCUCCUGGCCGUCAUCCCCUUUGUCUUCAUGCUCCGCGUCUCCCCCGCCUCUUUCACCAUCCCGCACGGUUUCCUCUCCCUCCUCUCCCCACCCUACGCACUCAUCUCCUCUCUCCAUUUCAUCGCAGCUGCGUACGCACACGAGCCUCUCACCUCCUCCCCUCUCGACAUCUACUCUCUCUCUGCCACGGAUUACUAUUCCCUCCACUACCCCGCCUACCCCGUGCAAGUAUCCAUGUCAGCAGUACUCAUCUCCCUCUGUCUCAUGGCAAUUCGCCUGAGCCAGCUGCACAAGGAUUGGGAGGAUCAGGAUGAGGAGGGCGCGGGGGAUCUAGCAGCUAUGAUGGGGCCGGGGUAUGAUGAGGAGGAGGGAGAUGGGGAUGUGGCGCGGGAGAAGGAGCGCGUGCAGGAGAGUGCGGCCAAGUGGGACUUCGUGCAGGGCGGCGGCGAGGAGGGUGACCUGGUGCUGUGCAGCAGCGUGGGCAAGAACUUUGGAGCGUCAUCGGGGGUAUGCGGAAUAGGCAAGGACCCGGGAGUGUGGGCAGUGUCAAACCUCUGGCUGGGAGUGCCUCGAGGCCAGGUGGUGGUGCUGGUGGGCGGGGAGAAGGCGGGGAAGACGACCCUGCUGCAGUGUCUGGCAGGGGCGAGCUGCCUGUCGUACGGCAAUGCACUCAUCACAGGGCAGAGCGUGCGCUUCACCAACCUCAACGACCCCUCCAUCAUCGGCUACUGCCCCCAGGCUGAUAUGAUGCACGGGUUCCUGACAGUGCAGGAGUAUCUUCACUUCAUGGCGUCUGUCAAGGGCCUCAGAGAGCCCCUCUCCGCGCCUGUUACUCACGUGCUGCAAUCCCUUGGCAUCUCCACGUCCGAGGCAGCGCAGCGCAUAGACAUGUGUAGAGCGGGGCUGCUGAGGCGAGUGGCAGUGGCGGCAGCGCUCUUGGGAGACCCUGCCGUGCUACUGCUGGACGAGCCCUCGCAAGCCAUGGACAUAGCGAGUCGGCGCCUGCUGUGGCGGCGCAUUCUCACCGAUGCACCGCACCGCGCCACCCUCAUUGCCACCCACUCCGUCGAAGAGGCUGAGGCCCUCGGCUCACGUGUGGGCAUUCUGGUGCGCGGCCAGCUCAAGUGCCUGGGGUCUCCACAGGCCCUCAAGGCGCGCUACGGCUCGGCAUACACGCUCCUUCUCUCCGCCCACCCGCGCCGCCUGCCUGGCAUCCGCAUCUUUCUCUCCUCCAUCGCCCCGGCUUACUCCGAGCACUACGACGACGACGCUGCUCCUCUGCCCGUCACCUCUGACCGCUCCGACCGCGCCCCACACGCCGCGGAUCAUCUGCACCCGGACGCUCCUGCGCUCAUGCCUGCUGCUGCUACGGGUAGUGGUGGUGGUGGUGCUGGUGCUGGUCCCGAGGUUGGGAAUCUGCUGGGAGUGGAGGAAGAUGAUGUGGUGUUGCAAGGGGGCCAGGAGGAGCAACAUCAGAAGCAGCAGCAGCUGUUGAUGGCUGAGCUGGAGGCGCACAGGGAGCAGCUGGGCAUAGAGGGAUUCAGUAUGAGCCAGCCCACUCUCCAACAGGUGUUCCAUCGCCUCACCAGGGUUGCUCGCGAUGAGGCCCCCCGCCCUGUCGUGUGA